AUCGAUUCUACGUCUUUCACGACAGGUUGGCCAAUCCUCGUCUAUCCCAACGCUCCUGAUUUACUUACACAACCUGAUGAUAUUUUCUAUACAAGAUGCGGACAUGUCUUUCAUUUUAAAUGCCUUAGCCAGUGGCUAGAGAGGUCAAAAACUUGCCCACAAUGCAGGGAAAAAGUAACGCACAAUCGUAUUCACAGAUUGUAUCUGACUGUAUCAAACGAAACUUCGGUGGAAAGUGAUCCUUAUACCCAAGAUAAACUUGCGAGCCUCAAGUUUCAAAUUCUAUUGAAAGAAAAGGAUAUAAAUUAUUUCAUGUCCAAGAACAGUACGUUAGAAAAACAAAAUGCAGGCCUGAGAAGGGAGGUAAGGAAAUUGGAGAGCGAAACCAAAGAGAAAAACUCUGCUAUAUAUGCGUUGAAGGAACAGACCAAAUAUUUUAAGGAACAACUCGUGGGAUACGAAAGCGCCAAGAAGGAAAUUAUACAAUUGAAGAAAAAACUUGAAGAACUGAGAAAUAUACAAAUGUUAUUGGACGCACCAAUUGAAGACAUUAAAGAUAUAAUUGGAAGGGAUAAAGAUCCUGCUACUCUUCUGACGUACAUAACCAUCAUGAAAAAAGAAACUAUGUCUAAUUUGAAAAAGAUCAAAUGUUUAAAGAUUAAAGUGAAGAAUCUUCAAGAUGAACAUGCCAAAUUAACUAUGACAUCUUCGCAAUGCUAUUCGAACAACAGAUUACUCAAAGAAUUUACAAAUUGUAAAAAAGAAAAAUUGGCGUUACAAACGAGAGUCAACGAACUCGAAAAGAUUCUUGGUAUUGCAGAAAGUUCCGAUCAUGUGGUUACGGGCACACUGAAAAAUGUCAAAGGAAAAGAUGAAGUUACGCAAGAGGAAUGCUUGGCUAGUGCUACGUUAAAAAAAUCAGUUGUUAAGAAGAGGACACAUACAAUUUCUUCUCCGACAAAGCAUAACAGAGAACAUAUCGUGUCAAAGAGUAAUAUAGAAAAGAACGAUGCGUCUUCUUCGAUCGUAGAGAUAAUGGAUAAUGAAUGCUCGAAAAACUAUUCCAAAUUAAGGAACUUGGACAGUGAUACUUCUAUACCCUUAAAGAAAACUAGGUUCUCUAAAAUGCAUGAGGAAACCAAUGAUGAAAAUGAUGUGCUUCUUGAUAAUAGCAUUGAAAAUCUAUUACAUAUAUGUAAACAUGCUGAUACAAGUACAAAUGCGGUCUCGAAGGCAUCUAAAGAAAAAAAUGAAAGAGAAAAAUCAAGUAAAAUGAAACAUCAUGAAGAAGACAUUAUCGAUUUAACAUAAUACUCUCUUGCAUACACGUGAUUAAUCGUAAUAGUAUUCCUAAUUCAUAAUUUUUUUAUAGUACAAUAUUUUUCACUCCUGAUCUGAUUUGUUGCCCAACUAGUAAAUUAAGGGAUGUUUUGACAAUUGAUACGUGCACGUAUGCGUGUGUGCAUGCGUAGAUAUACAUCAUUAUACAAAAGCAAAAAAGACUAUAGUACCUUUAUCAAUAAUAAUAACGGAGAACAUA